AUGGCACCAAUCGCCCGCAUGCCCAUCCAGCCACCGGCGAACCUCUUUUCCACCCCGCCCGCGCCGUCGCGGUCCCCAUCACCCCCGUUCACAGCAACUACGGGCCCCACCGACCCGACCCAACGGCCCCACCCGGCGACCGCCGCGCCGGGCCCCACAACAAAACCGGAACAGGUGGAGCCCGGCUCCGGGACCCCGGAGUCCCGCGGAGACAACCACCACAACAGUAACAACAACCACAACAACAACCACAGCCACAACAGCCACAACGCCAACAACAAUCCACAACCCCCCCAGUCCCAGUCCCAGCCUAGCUCCGAAUCCCAACCCCUCCUCCUCCAACCACUCCCGCGCGAGACAUGGAAACAUCAGGCGCCGCGCCCGGAGUGGACCGACGCCCUCGCGCGCGAGGCGCGUGACUUUUACCGCCAGGGCCUGGCGCAACAGCAGCGGCGGCGGACCGGCAACAUCUGCCACGGCAUGGGGGUGUUUGGAUGA